CCUACUUUACGCACAGCGCGCAGAUGGAGCGGACCGACCUCCUCCUUCUCCUCGCCCUCCUGCUCGGCCCGGCCGCGGCCGACCUGAACCUGGUUCUCCUCCACACCAACGACGUGCACGCGCGCGUGGAGGAGACCAGCGUCUACUCCGGUAAAUGCAGCGGCAACGCGGGGGAAUGCUUCGGCGGCGUGGCGAGGAGAGCCACGAUGAUCCAACGGAUCCGGAGCAAAGAGAAGAACGUUCUGCUGCUGGACGCUGGAGACCAGUUCCAGGGGACCGUGUGGUUCAGCUACUAUAAGGGAGCCGAGGCGGCGCACUUCAUGAACAGGCUGAGAUAUGAUGCGAUGGUUUUCGGGAACCACGAGUUUGAUAACGGAGUAGAAGGACUCAUGACGCCGUUCCUGCAGGACAUCCAGUGUCCCGUCCUCAGCGCCAACAUCAGAGCCGACAGCACCCUGGCCUCCACCUUCGGCCUCACUUAUUCACCCUACAAGAUCUUUGAGGUCGAAGGUCAAAAGGUCGGAGUGGUGGGAUACACGUCCCGGGACACGCCUGCUCUGUCCAGACCCGGACCUCACCUGCAGUUCCUGGAUGAGGUCAGCGCCCUACAGCCGGUGGUGGACAAACUUCAGCAGCUGGGGGUCAAUAAGAUCAUCGCUCUGGGUCACUCAGGCUUUGCUGUGGAUCGGCUCAUUGCCAGGAAGGUUCGGGGGGUCGACGUCGUCAUCGGGGGACACACCAACACCUUCCUUUACACAGGAGAGCCUCCGUCCAUCGAGACCAAAGCCGGAGAUUAUCCGUUCAUGGAGACGUCGGAGGACGGGAGGAAGGUCCCCGUGGUUCAGGCCUACGCCUUUGGAAAAUAUCUGGGUUUCCUCAAAGUGACCUUCAACGAUCUCGGCGAGGUGGUGGAACAUUCCGGAAACCCAAUCCUGCUGGACAGCAGCAUUCCACAGGAUCCACAGAUUCUGGCCGAGGUGGAUAAGUGGAAGAAGAACCUGGCCAAUUACACGGCGGCGGUGGUGGGAAGGACUCUGGUCUUCCUGAAUGGCUCCAAUGCGGCAUGCCGCUCCCAGGAAUGUAACCUGGGAAACCUGAUCUGCGACGCCAUGGUGGACAACUACAUCAGGCUCUUCAAUGACGAGCAGUGGAACCACGUCAGCGCCUGCAUCAUGAACGGCGGCGGCAUUCGGAGCUCCAUCGAUGAGCGGACCUACAAUGGGUCCAUCACCAUGGAAGACCUGCUGUCGGUUCUGCCUUUUGGAGGAACCUUUGAUCUGGUGGAGCUGAGCGGUUCCACGCUGAGGAAGACCUUUGAGUACGCCGUCAGGAGAUACGGAACCAAUUCUGGAGAGUUCCUGCAGGUGUCAGGAAUCCACGUGGAGUUUGACGUCUCCAAACCAGUAGGAAAUCGUGUGAGGAGCCUCAGCAUCCUGUGCACCAGGUGUCGGGUCCCGCAGUACGAGCCGGUCCAGGACGACGGCCUCUACACCGUGGUUCUGCCGUCCUACCUGGUGACGGGCGGAGACGGGUUCGUCGUCAUCCAGAACGAGAUGAAGAAGCACAGCAGCGGUGAUUUGGACAUUUCCGUGGUGUCGAGUUACAUCACAGGGAGGGGGCGGGUUUAUCCGUCUCUGGAGGGACGCAUCAAGGUCUACAACUCGGCCCGUAGACUCCAGCUCCCGCUCUUCUCACUGGUUUCACUGGUUUUACUGCAGUCGAUAUGGAGCUGGUGAGGGAGCCUCUGGAGCUCCAAUCAGAACCCAACCAGAACCGAUCCACUUUGGGUUCUACAUGUGGCAUUCAGUCAGAACUGAUGUGAUCCUGUUUUCUGUUUCCAACCUUCCAAACGUUUCCUGUGAGGGAAACAGGCGGUGCACUACCUCUCAUAACCACUAGGGGCAUCUCUGAUUAACGCAGCUUAAAUUAAACUCCUCCCACCAGUAGGAGGCGCAGCUUCCUGGAGACACGUUAGAUGUUCCUGCUUCCUGUCCCUGCAGUUAUUUUAAAGCCGCAUCGUCUGUUCACACUUGGUUCUGAUCCAAAUGGACCAAACAGGCUUAACUUGGUAAAACCAGAAUCCUUUCUGGUUUUGUUUUGGCCAAAUUGUAUCGUUUUAUGGGUGUGAAAACCUUUGAGGGAACGAAAUAAAGAGUUCUGACCCAAAAGCUGAGAUGUUUCUCAGGAACGCACCCUGGUCUGGAGGGUUUUGGGUCAGAACUGAAUCCACCACAGAAGAAGAAUCUUAGUUCUUUCUGGCACUGUGUUCCACACAGCAUGAUGCCGCCAUUCCAUGCUUCCCUGUAGGUUUGUUUGCAGGUUGUGGUGGAUCUGUGACAGAAGCCGAUUCCUGCAGCUUGAAACGUUAGCAGGGAGGUGGACACUUUAGGUCCACUUGGUUUCUGAACCCAAAGUGAUCCAGUUCCACCAUGGAUCCAGUUAGAUAUGAAGAUCCGGAUGUUAUGGAUCACUUCCCUCCUCUCAAUAGAUUCUCCCUCAGACGAAAACAAAGAACUUUAAUGUUUUUAUGGGUUCUGCUCUGGCUUAAGUCCAGAAAUGUUUCUGCUCUCUGAAGAAUCUGGGUCCGUGGGCCGAACCAGAAGCAGGUUCCCCUCAGCGGAGCAAGGCGGACGAGGCACUCGUACCUCAGCUUAGCGUAGCUCCUGGUGAACCUCACCCUCCUUCCUGGCUGGGAUCCUCAUGAAGUGCACCAGUUCCCAGAACCUCUGAAGCUCUUUGUUCUGAAGUUCUUCUGGGUUUCUGAAGGUCUUUUCACUGAGAAUCAAUUAUUGUAAUUUUGUCUCCAAAGUGGAACCGUCCCUCAGCGCCCCCCCAUGGUGUCUUGAAUAAUUGCUUCUUCAUUGGACCACUGAAAGCUGGACAUACACUGCGAUGUUUUUAAUCGUUGCACGCAGCUACAGCUCACACUGUACGACAAAACCGCAGGGUUUAAAAGUUCCCAGCUCACGAUGUUUGUUCUCACGCUGUGCGACCCGACGCUCUGAUGCGAUCUACCUGCUCACACUCUGCGACUAAAGACCUUUGCUACACCCCGUACAGCCAUCUUAAGAUCGCAUCAGAGCAUCGGGUCGCACAGUGUUAGAACAAACAUCGUGACUUUUGAACUUUUAAACUCUGCGGUUUCGUCGUGCAGUUUGAGCUGCAGCUGCGGGCAACGAUUGAAAGUAUCGCACGGCGUAAGGCCGGCUUUAGUUAGAAAGGAGCUUUUAAAGCAGAACCAGGCAAGUUCUCUGACCUGUGGGGUUCCACAAGGCUCGGUUCUGGGCCCAUUUAGAUUCUCCUCCUCCGUCCCUCCAUCAGCUGCUUUUAUUCAGUCUUGUCCUCCGAUCUAUGCAGAAGAAAUCUAGUUGUUCAUCUUUUCAACAGAACCAGUUUGUCCACCUCAGUCCAAUUGAUCAACUGUUUCUGGUUUUUCAGCACCAACAUGACAAAGAAGUUGAUGCCAACUGAUUGUUUCUUGUUUCCUCUGAUCAAUCAGCUUCUUUGUGUUAAAGCUCCAAUCAAAACUUUUUGUAAACAAUAAAUGAUCUUAAUCAAAUGUU